CCCUGCAACUGCUGCUAACAGUCCAACAACUGACUUCUUGGACAACAUAUCUGUUAAAAGAACACAGGGAUGUGAAUUAUACAAAGGCUAAUUGGACCUGAGCGACUGAGAGGACAGCGAUGGAAGACUUCAGACGAACGUUUGUGCGUCUGUGCAAGGAGAACGGCAUCGAGGCCCAGGAGUCGGUCCUGACCCACCUGCACGAGGCCCGGGGCGUGGCGGGGGGCACACCGGGGUCAGGGUCGGGCUCCUCCACCAGGCUGGACCUGAGUGGACACAGCCUCUCCACGGAGACGUGUGCCGCCCUGGGCAGGGCGCUGAGCCACGACACGGCCCUCACGGAGAUGGUGCUCAGUGACUGCAUGCUGAGCGAGGAAGGUGCCAAACUGUUGAUCAACAGCCUGUGCUCUAAUGCCACCAUCAGGUUCCUCGAUCUGAAGGGAAACAACCUGAGGAGUUCAGGAGCAGAGGCACUGGGGAAGCUACUGGUCCGCAAUAAGACAAUACGCAGGCUGGUCCUGGAGUGGAAUGCGCUGGGGAUGUGGGACGAGGCGUUCUCCAUGUUGUGUGAGGGACUGGCCACCAAUAGCAGCCUGGCGCAGCUGGACCUGCGUAAUAACCAGAUCACCCACCAGGGGGCAGCAGAGCUGGGCAUGGUGCUCAAGAGGAACAGCACACUGCAGGAGCUCGACCUGCGGUGGAACAACAUCGGACUGCUGGGGGGCCGCGCUCUUCAGGAAGGCCUGCAGCAGAACCGCUCGCUCAUCCGACUGGAGAUGGCGGGAAACAACGUGCCCAGCGACACCAUCAAGGCCCUGGACCAGGCAAUCAGCCAUAAUGCUGACAGGAUGAACACAAUGAGGGAGAGCCGCACCAAGACACAGGUGCUCUCCAAGGAGAUCCAGACCCUCAAGGACCAGAAGAGCCGGCAGUAUCUGAACCUGAUGGACACCAUUGAUAAGCAGAGGGACGAGAUGGGCCGAAGCAGCAGGAAUGCCAGCUUACGGCUCGGACAGCUCCAUGAGGCUCUGAACGACAGGAAAUCAGCUGUCAACUCACUCACAGCAAAGCUGCACAUGUCGGAGGCAGCUCUGGCCCUGUCGGAGCAGAAGGUGACUGCUCUGGGGGACCAGCUGAGCCGUGUGCAGCAGGAGAGGGCGGAGCUAAAGGAGAGGCAGGCCAGAGACAUGCAGAAAGAAGUUGAGGACAAUACCCUGAGGGAAGCAAAACUUCAUAAGGACCUGCAAGCUGUUACGGAGAGAAACCAUCAUCUCCAGCACAAGGUGGAUGAGUUGGAGCGCAGGUGUAAGCUGCAGCAGGAGCACGUGUUUGAGCUGAAGCAGGAGCUGACCAACACCACAGCAGAGUUGAAACUACGCCUCACACAGACCGAGGAGCGUCUGGACAUGGAGAAGAGGCGAUCUAAACAGGCGAUGGUGGACAUGGACGCCCUCAGACAGAAAGAGGUGGAUCAUGUGACUCGUCACCUGGAGGACGUGGAGAGGAAGACGCAGGAACGGGUCCUGAAGCUGGAGGGACAACGCAUCACACUGGAGGAGGAGCUGAGCAAGGUGAAGGCAGCAGGAGUAGCGGAGAGGGCCCAGGCGGAGGAGGAGCUGGGGAAAGUACGGGCCCAAGUCAGACUGGAGGAGCAACAAAACUUGAGCGGCCUUGAGGAGAAGCUGCGUGUGCUGCGUCAGGGUCGUGACGAGGCCCAGCACCUGUGUACGCAGCAGAAGCAGACCGUGGCAGACCUGCACGCCAAGCUGGGGCAGCAGUGUGUAGAGAUGGACGCCCUGAGGAGACGCAUGGACGAACUACAACAGGACUUGUCUGGUAAGGACCAGGAGAAGGUGGCGGAGGUGUCUCGUGUGCGUGUGGAGCUGCAGGAGCAGAUUGGUCACCUGCAGGCGGAGAGGACGGCACAGGGAGGCCUGAAGGAGAAGAUCUCCGCCCUGGAGAGAGAGAUCAAAGUGCUGUCCAGUAACCAUCGGGAGGCCGUCCUUGACAAGGAGAGUGAGAUCUCCUCCCUGCUGGAGCGUCUGCGCAUGCGUGACGGGGAGAUCCAACGCAUGAGGGAGGACGAGGCCCAGAGAGCCAGCGCCCUGCACAGCGCCAUCCUCACCUACGUACAGGGCUCCUCCAUGGGACACUUCAGCCCCAAGAAGUGACACACACACACACACACACGCACAGGGGACAAGACAUCAACCCCACACACACAGUCACCCACGCAGAAAACAUCAAACCUGGUCUAAACGCCAUUCUCACCUACGUACAGGGCUCAUCCAUGGGACACUUCAGCCCCAAGAAGUGACACACACACACACACACACACACUCAGGGGACAAGACAUCAACCCCACACACACACAUUCACCCUGCACGCAAAAUCCCACACACAAACCCACAUAUGGCCACAUCAAACCUGGUCUUAACGCCAUUCUCACCACCUACGCGCACGGCUCCUCCAUCGACCCAAGAAGUGACACACAGGAACCAGGAGGCUGCGCGCACACACACACACACACACACACACACACACACACACACACACACACACACACACACACACACACACACACACACACACACACACACACACUUGCAGCCCCUCUCCUCAUGGCACCAUGGGACCGCUAUCCAUGGCAGUCUUCCACCAUCAUGGGACCCCUCAAAGGAGUGACGCAUGGGGGCACUUUCACCAUCCCACACACACACACGCACACACACACGCACACACACACACACACACACACACACACACACACACACACACACGCAUCCAGUUGGAGACGCACAACCAAACUCACACUUAGGCCCCAACAAGUGACCCAUGGAGCGCCACUGAUAUUUGUGCCUGGGUCAAAAUGACCUGAACAUACACAAUGUAAUGGGGAGCCAUUGAGCACACAAUUCUGGGUUCAGGACUUGGUGGCCUGUUUGUCUCCUGACCCGCGCACAAGAUUUGAGUUUUGUAUUGUGUGUUUUAAUGCAAGGAAUUCAUGUGGGCGUGCUGUGCACACAUGUACAUGCACACUGUGCUAAUCAGUGAGAAGGGCUUAUUUAUUUGAAGAAAACUAGGGCUACAUAGAACCUACCUACCACACACCUACCUAUCGACGUACCUACACGUACCUUGCAUCCUGGUUUCAAGUAUGCUCUUUCAGACACUGCUUUUCUCGCAGAGCACUUCCAAUAAUAAACCAACAGUCAUUUUAGAGUCCUUAGCAUCUGUCAUGUUUUGAGCAACAUAGACGUUUUUAUACCACAUUGUAUGCAGACGACAGAAGACUUUUUUGUAAUUAUGAAUGGUGCUACUGGCUUUAAAAUGUACGUAGUGUCAACUUGUGGGACAUUACCUCACUGGACAACAGGAGCUUGAUGAUCAAUGACAUGCUCAUUUACCGUAUACAGUAGAACAGGGGUGGGGAACCUAUGUCUCGAGGACCAUGUGCGGCCCUUGAAGCGGUUUUAUACACAAUUUUAUUGUUAUGCAGCUUCAUAUGAAAUAUGAUAUAUUUUGUAAAGGAAUCUUAGAAAUUCCAUUUGCAAUACAAUUAAGCUAUAUCCAGGGGACCGAGAGAAGGUGGGGUCUGUUGUAAAAGUGGCUGCCUUCAAUAUAAGCCUCAAGUGCAGGGAGAAAUCCUGGUUUGUGAUCACAGUACGGCCCUUGGAGGACUUUUACGGCCCUUGGAGCAAUUUGAAGUGGCCCUUCGAAUGAAAAAGGUUCCCCACCUCUGCAGUAGUACUGUAGAUAUCCAGAGCAAUAAUUAUGUGCUAUUUGAGCCACUGAAUGAUUAAGGCUUAAGGAGAUUUGUUGGGAUUUCACAGUGUCAUUUUGUCUUAUUCUGAUGGUCCUAAAAGCUUGAAGUUUGAUACACUUUGUAUGUGGUGAAUACAUACGUAAUUGUUGUUUUUUUGUAUAUUUUUGCACUUGCUUUUUUUAAUUAAUAAAAAAAUGUGUGUUUUGCAGA